CUCAAAGACGCCUGUAUUCUGUCACAUCUGUCAAAUCUGAGUCUUCUGAACCACGAUGGCGAUGGCCAUGUGCAGCGCCUUCUUGGUGUUUGUGUCGUUGCAGUUUGGGUGGGGCCUUCGAGCGAAUCAAGGGCAGUCCGAUGAGCUUCGCACUGGAAAAUGCUGCUGUUACCGGCCAGCGACGUGGCAUGUCUACACAAAUCCCUUUGGCAAAGCGUGCCCUCUCGAAGGAGACACGUGGUCGCGUGGCUGUGUCAAGGGCUUAGGCAAGGCCGCGCCCUGUGCCAACGGCCCAACCAGGGACGAUGUGUACUGUGAAAUCUACUACGCACUUGAUUGCAACAGCACUCUUCGAAACCCAGCCAAAAUCAUGUGGAACAAGCCCUGGGAAAAGAGAUACAGGGAGCUGACGCUCCGGAAGCUAACGACUGAAGGAUGGGAGGAUAUGGCUAGACGUCCACUGUACAAUAUAACAGGCAAUGUUAAGGAAUCCACCACUGUUCCGUAUCACCAUACUUUCGAUGAGUGGCGCGAGAUGACAUGAGCGUCCAAGAUAGAGGUGCCGACAUAAAAUGUGUAAGAAAAAUGGUGAAAAAUGCUUGCACGGGCUGUCCCUCG